AUGAAGGUGGAUGGGACAGCUGGAACGGAGAGGACCAUAGUGAAGACCUCUAAAGUGAAGACGAUGAAAAGACGGCCCGAAUCUAGCCGACCCAAGGCUCAACUUAGGCAGUCCAAGCUGAGAAUACUGGGCAAGUCGCCGUUAUUUCACAGACUGCCCUCUGGCCUGCUCAAGAAGCCCAAAGCCGUCCCGCUCAGGUCGGAUCUGAUUGGCUCAACCAAAACACCAAACGCCCUUCCUGGCAUUGGCAACGUUGUGGCGUCACAUGCAAAACAGACCGUGGAUGGGUCGGCUUUGGAGACAGCAGUAAAGUCAAACACACAAGAUUUGGCGAGAGGAAAACAAGUGAGAAGGAAGGGACUAAGGAAAAGAGGAGGAGUCGGAAAGGGACAGCCGGGGAAACAAGUCGGAAAGGGACUGCCGGGGAAACAAGUCGGAAAGGGACUGCCGGGGAAACAAUCGAACCCGGACGGGAGAGAGAAGAAGAGCCGACGGCUGAAGGACCAUAGAGAGGUCGGUUACAUAAAUGGGAAAUCUGGGAGCGGAGGGAAGAAGAUCGGUGGAUCCGUGCUUAAUGACGUCCACAUUACCGCUGCAGGUGGUCAAGGAAAAAAACUCAACUAUUUCAAAGCUUUAGACGAGAAACCCUCCGCCUUCGACUGGAAGGAAGAGGGCAAGAUGCAGAGGUCAACCACAAUGCAAAGACCACAUGAAUCGGAAAAGAUACAGAAUGAUAAGUACGUUACCAAGGCGACGAGCCCUGUGAACAACAAGAAAAACGUUUUCAGAGGUAAAAUUCGCAAAAGGAAACUCGGCGCUGCUGCUACCGAGAUUACGAAGAAAUCUGGCGAUGUAGCUGACUCUGGGAAAGGCACGGAGAAGACAGCAAUUUUUUACCAAGAGAAGCACCAAAAGGCUGUCGUUCAGUCCAGUUCACCUUUCAAACCCAACCAAAACGUGAACGGGCUGCGUUGGUUUUAUAAAGUGAACCCAAUACAGCCACAAAGCGAGAAGUUGAGGGGGAAGUUUCCACUCAAGAAAGGCAUCCAGACGAGAAGGAGGGUCAAGGCCGUGACCUUUGGCAGCAACCUGUCCAGCCUUGUGCACAAAGGAGGGGUCAAAAGUUCACGGGCUCGCAGGGGUCAUAGGAAGUUUAUGGAAGGCAGCAGUGACGUUACUAACAAGCUGAAUGGCGGGAAAAGUGAUGAAAACGCCCAACACGGCGACGAAAGCGCGAGUGGAAAAGGUGUUGGCGAUCACGAAGAGGCGAUCGUAGAUUUCCGGGCAACGAGAAAGCCGGCCCAACCCUCUGAGAAAUCCGAGGAAUCCUCCGCUCCUGCCGAUAAGAAUACGUCCAAUACUCAGGAUUCUAAAUUUAGUAACAAAAAUGGCAGCGAUGGCGGCUAUCACGUGACUCGAUUCACCACUCUCAAAUCCAAGGCAUCCCCGAUGAAAUCCAGCACAGAUAGUCAAAGACCGGAGGUCCAGUUUCGAUCCGCGUCCUCAAACGUCAGAUCUCUGGGGGCGCAAAAUCCCGACCAAUCAGCGGGCAAGAUCUUGUCUCUGCACGCAAAAGGCGGGGCUAAAGGGAAGAAAGGUUUGAGGAGGCGUGGCCAGAACACGGUGAGUGCCAUGCAGCUGGAAGACAAGCCCAGGAAAUGGUAUGAGGUCCCAGAACUGGACGCAGGCAUCAGCAAAACCAACAUUCUGGACGAAAACGGCAAAUUGAUUCCGAGCUACUCAGCCGAAAAGAAAAAGAAGGAAACGGAAGAGAAGGAGACGGAGAAGGAAGAGGAGAAGGAUGAGGAGGGGAAAACAAAGCUUGUGAUCAAACUCAAUCCUAGCAACUCGGCGGAGAAGGAAAAGAAGAACAAGGAGAAGAAGGAGGAGGAAGAGACGUCGAGAUCAACAAUGACAACAAUGACAACCAGAGAGUCGAUGAACUCAAAGACGAUGACAAAAGGUAAGCCAAUUACGGCAUCUUCAGACACAAUAAUUUCGUCAAAAUCAUCUGAGACGACCACAGGGGUCCAUCAUAAUGGGUCAGCCAUUCAAUCAGCUAACGGUAACAAAGUGAAGAGUUUGUCCAUCUCGAGGGAGAAAUUGGAUUCCUCGCCACAAGCUCCCAUCUUCCCUCCCACAACAAGAGCUAGUGUUGUCAUCAGAAGGCCGGUGGUUUCUGGCGCUAAACAGCCGUGGUGGACACCCAGAAAGGUGGGCACAGACGACAACAAAGACAACAGCAACAGCAAUAACAACAACAACAACAGCAGCAAUAACAACAACGAUGACGGGGACCAGCGAUAUCCCUAUGACGGUCUCGCCUAUGAAAAAGUCACUCGCCCUCACCUCGUCCAAGCCUCAUCCAACAAGACGUCAGACCUUUCUGAGACGGAGACCAACACCACAACCCACCAAGCUAACUACGAGCACAUCUACUCAGGCAGCGAGACGAACAACGCAGACGACUCUGAUAAUCUGAUUGACGUGAACGAUGAAAAUAAAUAUGGCAAAUAUCAAAAGUCAAAGUCUGACUCUGUUCAAGCGCCCAUCAAACUGAACAGAACGGAAAAUCUCAACGAUAAACACAAUGAAAACGGAGUCAAGGUAGAAGCAAAUAAAAACAUACUGCUUGGCUUCAAAAAGAGUGCUAAGCCCAGAGCCCAGUCCUACCGGUCCCACUUAUCCAUUUCGCCGUUCAAACCGCGUGAAGAAAGGACGAUGAAACGUUUUAGGAAAACUAAACGAGGCAAGAGCGAGGGCGCGAUCAUCGACCGAGAGAUUCACCGCCUUCUAGAUCACACGUCCGAACUCAAAACCGUUAAUCCGGAUAUCAAAGAACGAGACGUGAAGAAGAUCAAAAAGAUGUUAACAAACUCGACUGUCGUGUCGGAAAUCAAGUCGAGAAUCGAAGAAGAAAUCCAGAAAUCUUCGUCCCCAAAGUCUAAGAUGAUGGCGACGUCACGAGCACCCUGGUACUCCAAGACCCCGCUAGUUCAAACACACUCACAACGCUGGUACGACAGACCGGUGGACACACCACACGAAACGUCCGGGGUCGACUCGAGGAUUGAGAAAAAAACUCCAAGAGGUCAGAAGAAACAGAGGGCAGAAAACACCGUAAAACAAGGCAAUUCUCUAGAUCCUGAGUGGCAGCAGCCGAGGAAAGGAAAAGAUACUCCUCCUGAAGGAAGGGAGGAAUAUCUGACUGGGAAGGGUCUCAUGGAGCAGGACAGGAGGAAGGUGAAGAAAAAGAAUCAACCAAAGAUUGCUGAAAAGAAAAGUCUGAGUGAGGGGGGGAAAGAGAAAAAUGAACAGCAAACGUUUGGGCCUUGGUGGGAAAAUACAGAGUCUCAGGAACAGACCACAAGCGGGCCACAUGACUAUCCUAGGAGGAAGUCAAUGGUCAACGAGGGGCACUCUAGGGCCGACAGAAAGACGAGUGGUCACAGAAACAAAAACACGAACCGAGAAAAUAGCGAGAAAUACUCGGCUCACAUCCAAACUUCUGACAUCACGCGUGCCGCCGCCACACUCCGCCCCUCCCCCAUACAACAAAAAGACAAGCCAAUUUAUGUCGCAACUCAAAAAGUGACAGAAUCAAAGUCAGAUAAAGAAAACGCCAGAGAAGAUAUUGUGAGGGGAAAUGUAACUCCCAAAAAAGUACAGGCAUUAUCAAAAGCCGGUGACAAAUCAAAGAAAGUCUCGUCGGAUUCAACAAAGAAAGUCGUUUCUGGGACGACCAAUACGGGUACAGGUCGUGUGGGUUUGGAUCGACACGGGUACAAAAAAGGACCACUUCGUGGGUCAAUGAAGCAGACCAGGAAAUGGUACGACGCUCCACCACCGACCACAACGGCCACCACGGUGGGCGGUGCACGUGACGUGAAAGAGGGCAAACGUGGCAUGGGGGAGGACAGACGUGGUGCAGGAAUGACACCGCACGUUUUGGAGCACAGGGUUGGCCAGAAUCAACGUGGUGUCAGUAAAGUGGGGCGUGACGCAGGGAACACAGCUGGCGUGAAGACGGCGCGGCGUGACGGGGAUAAACAAAGGCGUAUGAGUGCUCAACAAAACCCAGAGAACCCACCAGACGUGAAUGUCAAACGUGGUCCUAAUAGAGGGCGGGGCAAAGAGAAUACACGUGGUGUGCAGAAAGAGAAGAGUAUUGAGAACUCACGUGACAUAAGUAAUAGGCGUGGCAUUGAGAAGGAAAAUACACGUGACACACAGUCUCGGCGUGGCGCUGAGAACAGGAUUUACAGAGCAAAUACACGCAGUUCGCUGACACAGCGUGGUGGGAAGAACGAGCGUGAUCGAGGAAACGUACGUGACAAACAGAUGCCACUUGACAAACAAGUAUCCAGUGGUGGGGAAAAUGGACAUAACGAACCAAACAUUCGCAGAGACAAACACAAAUCACCCGGUGGGGGAAAUAGCCAUACUCUUGAGGAAAAAGCCAACACUAAAUGGUACGAUGCUAUACUGGCUGACAGGGGAAUCCCCGCAGACUCGACCAAGACAAAUAAAGAAAGCACAAUCAAUCAAGCUGCACGCAAUUUGCGACAACAACAGAAGAAAUCUUCUGAACAGCCACAGGAGAGAGAAACGGCUCUCAGCAAAAAGAACAGCUCGGGGAGAAAGGAAGAAGACAGAAAGACGCCGGCAGACGAAUAUGCUCAUUUCCAAGAGUCACGGCUGACAGACCCACAAACUCAUCGACGGUCACGCUUUGAAGACAGAAGAAAUCAGAAUCGUCCAGGGAAAGAGAGAAGAAAGAACAACAAUACUUUUACGAAACAGUCCGGGGAUAGAGAGAAAGAAAGUCUUCAGCAGAGACAUGAUAUAGGUGGAAGGAGAGAUAGAAAGGAUUCUUAUCUGUCUUCAGAAGAGACCUUUAGUAAAACGAAGUUUGUGACGUCACAAAGUGGAUCACUAGAAGAGACCAAGUCCAGACAGGGAGGCUCAAAGGAGACGUCAAGGGUCCGUGGGACAGACCGAGCAAGGGGGCGGAGUCAGAGUCGUGACGUCACUAGUGACACGUCACAUCCUCUUAGUGGAAACGGACGCGCACAGAAAGGCCACACGUGCCAGGGAGAUGUGCCCUUUCGCAUCAACCCAUGA